UCCUUGUCAGUAAAAUCCAAUCCUGCCCGGACCACCAUCGCCUACACCCUGCAUGUGUCCAGGGAGCCUCAGGAUGACGGAUAUAGUUUAAUUCCUGGUCCGGAGAAGUCUGUGCAAGAAAUGAGCGAGUCAAAUAUCACUCUGCCAUUUGAAUCCUGCUCAGAUACCCCAGAGUGGAGCAAAACUCCCAAAGAGAAGCCAAACCAGACCAAACCCAGACCAAAGUGGAAGGGUGAACCAAGCGCAAAGGAUCGAGAGGAGGGAAGGGAAAAACUACAAAAGCUUAAAGAGCAACACAGCUUCCUGCGUAAUCCUCGCUUUCUUCCUCCAAAUGCACAGCAGGGGGGCACGUCUCUCAUCCGGCCCAGAACCAAAGUCGGGAAAAAGGUGCACAUGGGGAAAAAGAUGGAAGAGCACAGGUACUAG